AUGGCUAAAAUUCCUAAUACAAAACUUAAACAAAUCUUAAAAAAGGCAAAAGAUAAAAAAGAUUUGAUCGAAAGGUUGACCAGUUACGAUCCUGACUAUGUGAUAACAAAUCUGACAAACAUAGAACGAUUAGCGGAUAUCCACUUUGCCGACAAUGACAAAAAGAAAAAAAAAGAAUUUAAAAUAAAAGAAAAAAAACAAACAAAAUAUCAAAAAUUCAUCCAGGAUAAUUUUCAAGAUAUGAGAAAAAAAUACGAAAGCAAUGGUGAAACUAUGAAGGCUAUUGCCGCGAUGUGGAAAACCAGUUCAGAAAAUCCAAAAAACGGAUCGGGUUUCGUAGAAAAUAUAUAA